AAAUUCCAUUCCGGACGCGACGGCCACUUUGAUCUCAUGUCGGUGCUGGACUGACGCAUAACGCCUUCCGCCGAGUCUUCGCAACAUCUUCUCCCAUGGGUGCAGACGCGACGGACGCACAAGACAAGGAUCUUGCGAUGGUGACCGAGUAUGCCAUAUCUCUUUCCACAGCGGACGAAAUGGAGUUGGAGGAGCUGCGAAGCCCGGAAGAAGAGGGCUUAUUGACCGGCCAUCUGGAUGCGCCCAGAACGAAGGCCAGACGACUCUUGAGCUCUCUGAGCAUCACCACGAUUUUCAACUACCCCGAAGCCGGAGUCCAACUGCGGCCCACGGCCUGGCUGGAUGGACUGCGUGGCCUCGCGGCCUUUGAGGUUUUCCUAUUCCACUACCUGGACGACUGGCCCGUGGACAAGCGCGCCGUCUGGGGCCCCUCAAACGAAAAUGGACACAAGCCGGGUGUGUUGUACAUGCCCCUCGUGCGGUCACUCCUCUUCUCUGGCGACACGGCUGUGUGCAUGUUCUUUGCCAUUUCCGGCUACGUCCUGAGCCAUCGCAUGCUCGUCAUGAUCUCCGACAGGAAGCAAGAGGGCUUACUUCCAGUCCUGUCUUCUUCAUUAUUUCGGCGCGGUACACGACUUUAUCUGCCCGUUCUCGUCCAGACUUUCGUACUCAUGCUGGCUAUACGCCUUUUGGGGUUUCCUAAACCCUCGGUGUGGCCAUCAGCUCCUACGUUCCUGGCCGAAGUCCAAAAUUGGUUCGUCUCGUUCAUUCAUCUUUUGAUGCCUCUCCGGUUUCCGGAAAGGUUCGAGCAGCUCAGCAAUCGCUACGACGGCGGCAUUUCCUGGACAAUACCCCUCGAAAUGUACGGAUCUCUGCAAAUUUACCUCGCUAUCUUGGCGCUCGCAUACGUCUCCAGCACAAAAGCGCGGCGCCUGCUCCUCGCCAUCUGGAUCGUCGUCAGCGCCAUGAGAGACGACUGGAUAUCAGGCCAAUUCCUCCUCGGCUUGAGCUUCGCAGACUACCAGAUCCAGCGGCAGCGCGACCCACCCGCACCGAGCUCGUGGCAGAAAUGGCGACCAGCCUUUCUCGCCGUGCUCUUCGCCUUGGGCUUUUACACAGCUGGCAUGCCCUCUGUGCAAUACGAACACGAAGAGUACGGCGCCGCCAUGAUGAAAACCCGCCCGGGUUUCACCUGGUUGAAUCUCCCGCAACCAUUCACGGAUCUGUACAUGGACUUUCAAGUCGACCGCAUGCAAAGGUGUCUGGCAGCGUGGGCCUGUCUGAUCGCCAUUGGAGAGCUGCCGUUCCUGCGUAAAUGUUGCGAACGGCGCUUUGUCCAAUAUCUUGGCCGCAUCUCGUUCGGCCUGUACCUCUGUCACAUUUGGGUCCGGCCGUGUCUCAAUCCGCUGGCGCAUUUGACUUGUGGUAUUUUUGGUAUCGACUCGGAGAACAAGACCGGUUCGCUGGUUCCGCUGGCAUGGGUGCUUUACUUCAUCCCUUCGGCUGCGAUCAACUUUAUUGUGGCUGGUCUUUUUGAACGGUUCCUGGAUCGACCGUCGAUACAGGCUGGCAAGAAAUUGGAGAAGUUCUUCUUGUCGUGGAAGUGA